AUGGCGUCUAAUUACCCGGACGAUGCCACCCAGAGCGGAGUCAGGAAUGAUGGUCGGAACCUGGUGCAGGAGUGGCAGGAAAAGCACCAGAAUGGCCGGUAUGUGUGGAACCGAACAGCGCUCAUUCAGGCAUCCCAGGACCCCUCUGUAACGCACCUCAUGGGCCUCUUUGAACCAAAAGACAUGAAGUAUGAAGCCCACCGAGACCCCACGCAGGAACCAUCCCUCAUGGAGAUGACGGAGGCAGCCUUGCGCCUGCUGGGCAGGAACCCCCGUGGCUUCUACCUCUUCGUGGAGGGCGGUCGAAUUGACCACGGUCAUCAUGAGAACAGAGCUAACCUAGCUUUGACCGAGGCUGUCAGUUUCGAUGACGCCAUUGACAGGGCUAGCCAGCUCACAAACGACAAGGACACGCUGACCCUCAUCACCGCUGACCACUCUCACGUCUUCACUUUCGGUGGCUACACACUGCGUGGGAGCUCCAUUUUCGGGCUGGCUCCAGGGGAAGCCUCAGAUGGCAAGGCCUACACCUCCCUCCUUUAUGCCAACGGCCCAGGCUUCGCCCUCAGCGGGGGCUCUCGGCCCAAUGUCAACGAAAGCCAGAGCACGGACCCCGAGUACCAGCAGCAGACGGCCGUGCCCCUGUGGUCCGAGACGCACGGCGGAGAGGAUGUGGCGGUGUACGCGCGCGGCCCGCAGGCGCACCUGGUGCACGGCGUGCAGGAGCAGACCUUCGUGGCGCAUGUCAUGGCCUUCGCCGCCUGCCUGGAGCCCUACACCGCUUGUGGCCUGGCGCCCCCCGGCAGCUCCCCAGCCAGCCCCACUGCCGGCCCCGGCCCCGGCCCCCGCCCCACUGCCGGCCCCGGCCCCCACCCCACCGACGCCGCGCACCCCGGGCCGGCCGCCGGCGCGUCCCUGACUCUGCUGGCCGGGGCCCUGCUGCUGCUGCUUGGAGCUAACGUGCCCUGACCGUCCCCAGCCUUAACCACCACAGGCCCCCCCCUCUUCGGAGCCCACACACUAUCUCUGGGUCUCCCCACUCCCUGGGGUUCAACAACACGCCCACCCAAAGCCUCCAGCCCCAGGCCCCACCAGGGGCCCCUACAUUCUGGCCUUUAACUAUUGGCAAUAAGCGAGCCUCAGCGGACUCAGCGCUUGCCCCAGCCCUCCCUGCUGGGGCCAGACUGCGGGGCACAGGGGAGGCUGAGGCAGUGGCUUUCCUGUGACACCCAUGGUCCUGUCCACUGCUCUGGACUCUGCCCCCACCCUGCCCGGAGAUGGCCGGCUUUCUGUCACCCUGCAACCAUCCCUGGGAGCACGUUCCUUGCCGAGGCUGCUGGAGCUGAUGCCCAGGAAGACUUUUAACACAAAGUGCUCCCCCCUGGACCCCCUGCCAUUACACAGAGGAAUAGAUGGCAACACAGAAAGGAGAGACUUGUCCCAAGUCAG